CCCUCCCCAUUUUCCUUGCAGCCCUUCCCCAUCUCUCUCUACUUUAUGAAACUUUCAGCUAAGGCAAAAUGCCUAUGAACAAAAUUUCUCUUAAAGCAACCAAUCAAUCAUCGUCAUCAAAGCACAAAACACACACAUCCAUACAUAUUCCUUACCUCCCACGCCAAUCAAAAGCACGAAAUCGUUUUAAACUCGUAUUCAAGUCCCCAACUUCAGCGUAUAUUAACACAUCAACAUCACCAUUUUUGGAUCAAAUCACAACAUCUCCCCCACUAAAUCUCUCCUUUUUCUUCAUCUUAGCCAUGACAACUACUACAGGAAGAAGUAACAAAACAACUUUCUUCUUUUGGCUCUCUGCCUCCAUUGUUGCUUCCUCCUCAGUACUCCUCUAUUAUUCCCUCUGCAAUCACCAUAGCCAUGGCUUACUAGAAGAGCAGAACUUCCUUGCUAGAGUGGCCGGGAUUCUGUACAGCAAGCACUACCACCACCGCCAUCACCAUAGAGGGGGUGGGCCUGGGGUUGAUGGGUGUGAUGAGGGGGACUGGAAGGACAGGUCGAAGAAGCUCGUAGCUGACUAUGAUGUCUCUCUGGUGUUGUCUGUUGACAUCAGGGGCUGUGGGAAAUUCAGCAGUGUGCAGAAAGCUGUGGAGGCAGUCCCUGAUUUCAGCCCUUACAGGACACUCAUCCUCGUCAAUUCCGGUACUUACAGGGAAAAGGUGGUUGUCAAUGCAAGCAAGGUGAACCUAAUACUACUGGGGCAAGGGUACCUCAAUACUGCAAUAGUGUGGAACGACACGGCGAAUUCCACUGGAGGAAGCAUCUACAGCGCCUCUGUUGCAAUCUUCUCACCCAACUUCACGGCAUACAACAUUGGCUUUCAGAAUACAGCGCCGGAGCCACGGCCAGGGGAGUCAGGAGCGCAGGGCAUAGCCCUGAGGAUUGCAGGAGAUGCUGCAGCGUUCUACGGCUGCGGGUUUUACGGGGCCCAGGACACGCUUUAUGAUGACCAGGGAAGGCAUUAUUUCAGAGAGUGUUUCAUCCAGGGAUCCAUUGACAUCAUAUUCGGGAACGGUAGAUCACUCUACGAGGGAUGCACCAUCAACUCUAUAGCAAAGGAUUUGGGCGCCGAGGUCAGUGGGUCCAUCACAGCUCAAGGAAGAGGUUCGAGCAGCGAGGGCACGGGAUUCUCGUUUGUGCAAUGCAGCAUCAACGGGACUGGUAGAGUAUGGCUCGGGCGAGCGUGGAACGCUUAUGCUACAGUCGUCUUCUCCAAAACCUACAUGUCUGAUGUCAUAUCGCCUGAAGGAUGGAACGACUGGGGAGACUCGUCCCGAGACCAGACUGUAUUCUUCGGGGAGUACGACUGUUGGGGACCUGGAGCAAACUAUACGAAUAGGGUUCCAUAUGCAAGACAACUGACGGAAUCAGAAGCUGCGCCUUACUUGGACACAUCAUACAUUGAUGGGGAGGAGUGGCUUCCUACCCGUCAUGAUAUCCAACUCGCAAGUUAUUAGAUAUUUCAAGCAUUUCACGUCAUAUGACUGACUCUGACAACAUCCGUUAUGUAUCCUCGACAUUUGAGAUAUAAGAAGUUCAGAAAUGUACUUAGCUAGGUCCUAUUUGCAGGAAACUAUUCUAUUACACAUUGUAAUUGGAUUCCUUAAAGAGGAACAAUAACACCAGUCUCUGCGUUUGGGCAUGAACAGUUUAUCAAA